GCGGUCUUUUACACAAAGAACAGCCGCCCCUUGUCGUCUUUUAGGGCGCUUUUGGGGCUUAGCAGUUCUUUAUUUUUUAUUAUUAUCAUUAUUAUAUAUAAUUCUUUUCUUUUUACCCCAGCUCGGUGUGCCGUUGUGGCGAAAUAAAUCAAUCAUCUACGGCGUGCCACUGUCCACCCGACGGUGCAGUACCGACCUACAUCCCAGAUCGCAUUCUCAACUGUCCCGCGGGUGGUCUCGAUAGAGACCCCAUAAAUAUUUUGAGAUUCUUUUUUUUUUUUUUUUUUUUUUGGUGCAGACAGCGCCAACAUUAAGUUGCUCCUGUGACUUUACAAAGCAGUCCAUAGGGCACUCAACGGAGAGCAGGACGAUUGACCAAGAAACGCGUCAGAUCAAAAGCAACACGCUACACAAGGAGUGUUUCCAUUGUGUCACGACCCGGAAAGCAUUGGUUGUUGUUGUGCCGGUAAAAGAUAUUUGCCGGCAAUAUACGCACGACGCACGUACGCCACAGGCAUCGGACUUCCCGAUACCCCCAACUCAGAGGAACUCCUCAUCAUCACGAGCUUCGCCGUUGCAAGGCUGCCGCCACUUACAAGUGCAACGAAUCCCGCAUAUUUCAGACGAAAGGUUUUCGGCUAAACCUACGUUCAGAUCCUAUCGUUUCACGUUUGUGAUUUAUCAUUGAUUGUUUUCCACCUCGUGCCGCCAAGAUCUGGUGCCGUUGCCCUUCAUGGAGCACACCUUCAUAACCGUCCACGAUACUUCCCCUGAUGCGAGGAUCACUUUCGCAUCUGCUUCCGUCGAGCAGAUUCUAGGCUACCGGCCUGAGGAGGUCUACAUGAGAUCGUCCUUUGACUUCUUUCACCCGGAAGAAGUCCCAUUUGCACGCCGUGUUCAUAGUCGCGGCCUGCGACUUGACAAGGCUGCCGUUCUCCACUAUGCCCGUCUUAGGGGGAAGGACGGUCGGUGGAUUGGCUGUGAAUGCUGCUUCACCGUCGUCUACAAUGUCUUAGUCGCUUGUAUCAGUCUGUAUCGACGAGGCACUAGAAGCGAGCAGAGAGCAAAGGAUGCCCCCCUUAUCCGGAGGAUCUUCUCUUGCUCGCCUCGUGACCCACGGUACCACAUGCUGGAGUAUCUUUCUCCCAAGUUCACAUCGGUACCCGUGGAGAGGGAGCCACGCGGGGCUUUGAUCCUUAACCGCUUCAGCCGAAAUCUCACCAUCAUGCACGCAACCUUUGCUGUUGAUUCCAUCCUGGGCGGGCGCUCUCUGGAAGAAAUUCGGGGCUCAAGUUUCUAUGACUACAUUGAGGACGACUGCAUUCCCGAAGCGGAAAGGUGCCUCGAGAGUGCCAAGUCGAACGACUCGAUCGCAUAUUUGAGGUUCUGGGUGAAAGGCGCAAGGGCUCCCGCUCAGGGCCCAGACGUCGCGAUGAACGACGAAGAAGAUAGCGAUCCGGAUUCGGACAACGGCGGGGUGCGACUGUCGUCUGUUGACGUUGACGGUCGGCCGCAAGUCAACGGAUCACAGCAAAAUCGCAAUGAGCAUGGCAACGACCAGCAGAUAACAGCGGCGCACAAUGAUUCAGGCCCAGGCAAUGCCGCCGCAGAGGAACAACCGCAGGGCAUUGAAGUUGAGGCUGUGGUGUCCUGUGCGUCCGACGGCCUCGUGGUGAUUAUCAGAAAAGCCCGGCCUCUCAUUCCUUCCCUCCAGCAGCCACAGCAGCCGGCGGCAACCUACAGCCAAAACCAAGGAUUCUUUGCUGCUCCCUGGGGCCGUGAGAUCAUCCGGCCGCAUGUGCCACUGGAUCAGGUACAUCAGUUCCGUGCUCCACUGCGGCCUGAGUACAUGCCUCUUAGGGAGCCUGCCAAGCCUGUGAGCGGUCCGCCGGACGAACAGUUCAUGAUGGCCAUCAAAGAUGUAGCAGUCUUUGCAUGGGCACUGGUUGGCAUAAAUGGAAAUUUCGCCAAGCAUUGUAAGGGUGUUCCUCAAGGCGAAGCACAGCCUCCAGAUGGCUUCCCUGUCUGGGAUCCAGCCGGCGGUGACAUGGAGUAUCAGGGACCCGAAAAUCAGGCCGCUCUGAGAUGGACAAGGCUUGGUAAGGCCGCACAGACACCCAUGGGUUCGGAUAUACCCUACGGCGGCUACGCCCCUGAUUCGCAGUUUGGAGGGGCUCCGAGCAUGUAUCAUCAGUCCCAUCAGCCUCAAGGCUACGUUGAGAGACAUACGUAUACGCACUCCAUCCAACACUUGCCUCAGUACUCAGCAUCACCCUACACUUUUGACCAACAGCAGCAGCAACAACAACCACCAGCACCACCACCCCCGCAGUUGCAUCCGCAUCAAUAUCAACAUCAGCAUCAGCAGCAGCAUCAACACGAAGAGCAGUAUCAUCACCAACAGCAACCUUUGCAAUAUUCGCAAACACAGCAAGCCCCUCGCGGCCUAUGGUCGCCACACAAUUACGUGAGAGACGGCGCGGCGGAAGACGCGUGGCAGCAAGUUCAACAUGGGCAAGGAGAUACACGUACGCCAUCAUCGGUGCCACAGAACGGCUCAUCAACGAGCAGCGGACUGCCGACGACGGAGACGGGAGACUCGGGAUAUUCUACGCAAAACGAAUUCAGGUGGCACUGAGAAACCUGUUUGCUGGGAUGGGUGGCAAUGGUGUACAUAUGGAAUAAUAUAUAUCGUAAUGUCUUAUGAUCAGAUAAGAAGAGAGGCCGCAAAGGAAAAAGAGUAAAAGUACCUAACAAACUGAAUAUACAUAAAAUAUAAAAUAUGAUUACAAAUGAA